AACUUAUUAAUACAAGUGUUUAUUUAUUUUAAUAAGAUUGUCAUUGUUAUUAAAAUGGCAACUCUUGGCAGUCAAAUUGGUAAACUCCAAUUUUUAAGUAAAUAUAUUUGUUCACAAAGUGGAUCAAGAUUAUACAGUGUGUUUCCACCAACAUAUAUCAAGCCAAUAUUUAGAAAAGAUGAACAAGCAAUCCUGGAGCAAACUGGAGAAGCUGAAAAAAUUGCUCAUGUACCAAUUAAACCAGCAAUGGGUGCUGAAACAUCAUCUGAAUUUUAUGACCCUAUUGUUGCUAAAUUUACAAAUUAUGUAUUGAGAAAAGGAAAAAAAAGACUUGCAAGAAGUCUUGUUAGUGACACAUUUGAAAAUAUUAAAAGAAUUCAAUUGAAACGUUAUCACAAAGCAUCCCCUGAACAUAGAGAUCAAAUUAUAUUGGAUCCAGCUAAAAUACUUCACAAAGCUGUUGUUAAUUGUACUCCAGUUAUGCAGCUAGAAAAAAUGAGACGUGCAGGAACAGCAUACCCGGUACCUGUACCUGUUUUGGAAAAUCGUCAAAGAUUUUUGGCAAUGAAUUGGCUGAUCCAAGCAGGCCAGAAUAAAGAAGGAGAAGUUCCAUUUUCAACAAAACUUGCUAAUGAACUUAUUGAUGCAUCAAACAAUCACGGAAGUGUUGUUAAGAAAAAACAGGAUCUUCACAAACAGUGCGAAGCCAAUAGAUCAUAUGCUCAUUACAGAUGGUCAUAAAUAAUUUUAUAAAAAUGUUUUCUUUAUCAUUGUAAAAGAAAGUAAUAAUAAUAAUACAUAAUUAAUUAAUUA